UACUGCAUUAGGUCGUGUGGCAGUUCCAAAACCCUAACUGAAUUCCGAGCUCGAAAAUGGGGAAGGCGAAGGCUAAAGGUAAGCAUCGUUUGGACAAAUACUACCACUUAGCCAAAGAACACGGUUACAGAUCACGAGCCUCAUGGAAACUCGUUCAACUCAACUCAAAAUUCCACUUUCUCGAAUCUGCACGCGCCGUUCUCGAUCUCUGCGCCGCUCCCGGAGGUUGGAUGCAGGUUGCGGUCCAGCGCGUCCCCGUCGACCAUCUCGUCAUUGGAGUUGACCUUGCGCCUAUUGCUCCCAUUCGUGGUGCAAUUGCAAUACAGGAGGAUAUUACCAGACCUGAAUGUAAGUCGCGAAUUAAGAAACUGAUGAAUGAAAACGGUUAUCGUGCUUUUGAUGUUAUUCUUCAUGAUGGUUCGCCGAAUGUUGGUGGUGCUUGGGCUCAAGAAGCUACGAGUCAGAAUGCUCUUGUUAUUGACGCUGUUAAGUUGGCUACACAGUUUUUAGCACCGAAGGGUAUUUUUGUCACCAAGAUUUUUAGGUCGCAGGAUUACAGUUCCGUUGUGUAUUGUUUGAAGCAGUUGUUUGAGAAGGUUGAGGUGGAUAAACCAGCUGCUAGUCGUUCUGAAUCUGCUGAGAUAUAUGUUUUGGGGCUUAAAUAUAAGGCACCUGCUAAGAUUGACCCUCGUCUUCUCGAUUUCAAGCAUCUCUUUCAGGCAUCUUCUCAACCCCAGGCCAAGGUGCUGGAUGUGCUUAGGGACAAUAAGCAAAAGAGGCAUCGUGACGGUUAUGAGGAUGGAAACACAACAUUGAGGAAGGUGUCUUCAGCUGCAAAUUUUAUUUGGUCAGAUGCACCUCUGGAGAUUCUUGGUUCAGUUACCUCUAUAUCCUUUACUGACCCAGCUGAUUUACCAAUCAAGGAUCACAAGUUGACAACUGAAGAGGUAAACUCUCUCUGCGAUGAUUUGAGGGUUUUGGGGAAGCAAGAUUUCAAGCAUCUUCUAAAGUGGCGGAUUAACAUUAGAAAAGCUCUUUCACCUACUCAAAAGGCUGAUCCUAUCACUACAGCUGCAGUGGAAGAUAAGCCUGAGAUGGAUGAAGAUGAUAGAAUACUUAAUGAAAUGGAGGAACUGACAAAUGCGUUGGACCGCAAGAAAAAACGUGAAAAAAAGAUUUUGGCAAAAAGAAGAGCUAAGGAAACGGCACGAAAAGCAACAGGAAUGCAAAUGGAUGCAGUAGAAGAUGGUUAUGUUGAUCAUGAGUUGUUUUCUCUUGCCUCUAUGAAGGGUAAAAAGGAUCUUGUUGCUGUUGACACCACUGAAUAUGAAGGUGGUGACGGUGAAGCGGAUGACAGUGACAACGAAAAAAUCAAAGAUGGCUCAGAGCAUUCAUCCAGUGACUUAGAUUCUGAUGAAGAACGUCAAAGAUACGAUGAGCAAAUGGAAUAUUUCCUUGAGCAAGCUUAUGAGCGCUUUGUGAUAAAAAAGGAAGGAGCUGCAAAGCAGCGUAAGCGUAUUAAGAAAUCAUAUGAUGCAGACUCCCAACUUUUGGAGGGUGGUGAGGAUGAUACCAUUAUUCAGUCUAAAUAUGAUUCCGAGGAAGAACAGGAGGUUCAAGAAGCAAAUCCUUUGAUGGUGGCACUUAAUGAUGGGGCAGGUCCCACCCAAGAAGAGAUAAAAGAUAUGUGGUUUAGGCAAGAUGUCUUCGCUGAAGCUGAAGAGGAAGAAGGCUUUGAGAAAGAUGAUAGUGGAAAUGAAAUGGAUAUUGAUGGGCUGAAGGAGAAAACAUCUGUUGCUGAAAAGAUCAAAGAAAAUAAAACGUCUGCCACUGUGCAGAUAGAUCAUACCCGAUCUCAAGCAGCAAUGGAAGAGGAUUUUGAGAUUGUACCUGUGCCUGAAACUGAUUCUGAUUCAUCUUCUGAUGAGUCGGAGGUAAACGAUAUUCAUUACAAAGCUGAGAUAUUGGCUUAUGCUAAGAAAAUGUUGAAGAAGAAGGAUAGGGAACAGGCACUUGAUGAUGCAUAUAAUAAGGACAUGUUUGAUUACCGGGGGUUGCCCAAGUGGUAUGUCGAUGACGAAAGGAAACACCGAAAGCCAAAUAAGCCUAUCACCAAAGAGGAAAUUGCUGCAAUGAAAGCACAAUUUAAAGAAAUUGAUGCUCGGCCUGCGAAGAAGGUGGCUGAGGCCAAAGCACGAAAGAAGCGUAUUGCAAUGAGGAACCUUGAGAAAGUACGUAAGAAGGCUAAUGCUAUAUCAGAUCAGCCAGACAUAUCUGAUCGUUCGAAGAGUAAGCAAAUUGACCGAUUAUAUAAAAAAGCUGUUCCUAAGAGGCCUCAAAAGGAGUAUGUAGUUGCAAAGAAAGGUGUCCAAGUUAGGACUGGCAAGGGAAAAGUCCUUGUUGAUCGCAGGAUGAAGAAGGAUAUAAGGAAAAAUGGAAAGGGUAAUGCCGGAAAAGGAGGUUCCAAGGGGAAGGGUAAAGCUCCGAAGGGUAAGGUUCCUAAGGGCGGCAAAGGAUCUUCACAGUCCUCUGCAAAGAAGGGAAGAAAGGGGGCUAAAUAAAAAUAGAUUGUUUUGCAAUUUCAGUCACGAGUUCUUAUUUUUCCGGCUAAAUUUUGUAUGCUCUUUUUAUCUCGUUUGUUAUGUGCCAUAGAUAAUAUAAAUUAAAGAAUAGAGCUGUUUUGUUCUUCAUAAAGGAAAUCCGAAUUUGAUUAAUUCUUCUGUAAUGGAUACUGAAAAUUACUUAGAAUUUGUUUAUGGGCACCAACAUACCAUUAUUAGAGGAAA